AGUUUUUUUUAAAUUGCACUGUCAAAUUGUUUAGGUGUCCCGUUUGACAGUUUUCACGUUUGUCAAAUUUCUAACCUCAAAAAUGGUCAUAAAUGCUUUAAAGCCUUUAAAUCAAAUUGCAACUUUUUUGAAGGUUCAGCCGGGUAAAAUUACACUUAAUGAUGAUUCUUUGCCUGUCCGUGUUGUCAAUAAAAAUUCAAACUUCGGUUAUAUUAACAUAAUUCUUGAAUUAAUAAAAGAAGGAAACACAAAUUUGGAAGGCUGUUCAGAUUUAGAAGAAGCUCUGAUUCGGCAAUGGAUUGAAUAUGGAUUUGUUUACGUGGUAAAAGCGGAAAAUCCUCAACAGAUCUUUAAAGAACUGAACGCAGUUUUGACUACAAAGACUUAUUUAGUUGCUCAUAAGUUAACUAUUGCCGAUAUUUUUCUUUAUUACUUUUUGCAAGACUCCAUGGAUAAGUUAUCAAUUUUGGACAAAGAAAAAUAUUCGCACGUUUCUCGUUGGUUUGACAAUUUGCAACAAGAUUCUUCAAUUCGCCAAUCAAACAAACUCGUGAACUUCAACACACUUUAUUUAGCAAGUGUAGCCCCAGCAAGGCGAUAAAAUAGUUAUAAUUCACAAAAAAAAACCUACUUUUUAUGUAUGCAUUUAUUUAAUAAUAAAAACAAGGCUACAUA